AUGGAAAGUCCAAUGUCUCAGGAUCAAAGAGUAGUUGACACCCCUGAGCCACUGGCAGGUGCUCAGCUAGAGCACAAUACUUCAGUGCUGUCCCCAAAUCCAACUUUCCAUAAGAAGCAUAUUCCCCCUAAGAUUUUGCUUCAUAUCAUCACAAAUCAGGCUGGUGGAGAGUUAGAAUCUCUCACACCUCAGAGGAAACUUUUGAACUCAAUUGACAAAGUUGAGAAAGUCAUAAUGGAGGAAUUGGGAAAACUGAAGAGGACCCCAAGUGCUAGGAAAGCUGAGAUGGAGAAAAGAGUUGGCACAUUAAUGUCAAUGCGGUGA